AUGAUCAUUCAGGAGGAGAGGAAACUAAGUGGCUUCCCAUAUCUUGAGAUCUAUCACUCAGAUGUCAUCAACUACAUGGUUCCACUGUCUCAUCAGACGGACUUCUUUGUGCCAGAAAUGACAGAGGAGCCAAAAGCAGAAGUGAAAGACGAGGACUCUGAUGAGGACAGAGGAACUGACAUUACAGGCGCAGAUUCCCACAGCGAUGUCAGCUCAGUAAGCGGCGGCGUGCCAUGGGACAGUAGGGAGACAUCCCUGGCAGCGUCCACGGCUGCCUCCCUGGCCUCCUCUCUGCCCCUGAGGGACAUAAUGGACUCAAACGAAGACAGUAAGCACAUGGAGCACAGCGACAGAGGUUCAAACGACUCUGUGGGCAGCGGCUCGUCCUUCGAAGAACUUGACAUGGACCAGGAGGAGCUGGAGGGAGGGCAAGAGACGGAAGACGGGAAGGAGAAAGAAACCCCUGAAGAAGAAGAAGGAGCUGGAGAAGAUGUCGGACUGGUUGCUAAGCAGAGGCUCCUGGGAGACGGAGAGGAGUAGGAAGGAUGCUGAAGAUAUAAGGGACGUAGCCAUGUGACUGGCAAGCUAGAGUGUUUCUCAGCCGUGCUGUUGUUGGUUAUCUGUCAAAUAAAGUGAUUGGUUGGCCUAAAGCUGUCCAUGCCCUGAACAAGACCACGUUUUUCUGCACCUUCUAACGAAGCCUGUAUUUUUUCUUUAACGUAAUCACAGAUUUCACAAGUUAGCCCUGAUUAUGUGUUUGAAUGCUGACUGGACAGAGCAUCCGUGGGUUGACCAGCUCAUGAUGCGCCAUUCUGAUUUCAGUGAAGGUCAAACAGUAUAUUUUUGUGACUCCUGGUUUCAGAUCCAGGUUUGUACAGAUAUUUCUGUCACUUUUUUUCCCUAAACAUUGAACCUAAGAGAACUGAAAUAAACGACGAUUGGUUUAAAAAGUACAUGAACUACUGCUGCUGCUGCUGUAGACCCAGAUUUUUCUUUUAUUUCAACAAAAUAAGUUUUCAAAUCUGAGGCAAUAAAAAAAAGCUUAUUAAAAUCUCCACCAGGAAUAAGACUUGAAAUUCAACCCUGUAAGCGUUUUCCUUUAAGAGUGUACAGGAUAUUUUAUCAUCACUCUGUACUCAGAUAAUUGCUUUUUAAUGCGAGUUGGCUUUCUAUACUUGGAUUAUUAACCCACUCUUCACCCAGUUUAUUUUGUUCCUUAUGUAGCCAGAAUUCGCCUGCUUCAUCAGAACCUAGCUGUAACCUCUUUGUAAGUUGAUAUUGUACUGGAAAUGUAGAGACGUAUUGCCAUGUUUGUGUCCCUCUGUGUUGAAUAAAAAUUUCAACUGGAAAGUUUGA